UUUCAUUUGCCAGAAUGAAAUUUAAGAACGUGUUUAUAAGACUUCUCAGAAAUUCAUUAAUGUUGUUUAGUCAUCACUGAGCUUUAUCAAAUUUUAACUUCAACAUUUAGUGGUGUUACGAUGUGCGCUUGAGAGGGCCACCUAGUGGGAUGUUUUUGGUAUAGCGUGUCUUGCUCCUGCACUACAUUUUGAUCUGAUAGAAAUAAGAUAAUUAACUAGUUUGUUCAUGUACCAAAUACAUUUGAGUUAUCCUUUCUGUAUAGAUUCAGCUGUACAUAAAUGGGUGUUUAAAGCAUUUCUAUAAUAAUUUUAUUUUAUUUUUAAACAGAAGAAGCAGACUACAGUGCCUUUGGUACAGACACACUAAUAAAGAAGAAGAAUGUUUUAACCAAUGUGUUGCGCCCUGACAACCAUAGAAAAAAGCCACAUAUAGUCAUUAGUAUGCCCCAGGACUUCAGACCUGUGUCUUCUAUUAUAGAUGUGGAUAUUCUCCCAGAAACACAUCGUAGGGUUCGUCUUUACAAAUAUGGCACUGAGAAACCCCUAGGAUUCUACAUCCGGGAUGGCUCCAGUGUGAGGGUAACGCCACAUGGCUUAGAGAAGGUCCCAGGGAUCUUUAUAUCCAGACUUGUCCCAGGAGGUCUGGCUCAAAGCACAGGACUAUUAGCUGUUAAUGAUGAAGUUUUAGAAGUUAAUGGCAUAGAAGUGUCAGGAAAGAGUCUUGAUCAAGUAACAGAUAUGAUGAUUGCAAACAGCCGCAACCUCAUCAUAACUGUGAGACCAGCAAACCAGAGGAAUAACAUUGUUAGGACCAGCCGGACUUCUGGCAGCUCUGGCCAGUCUACUGAUAACAGCCUGGUUGGCUAUCCACAGCAGAUGGAGCCCAGCUUUGAGCCAGAGGAUGAAGACAGUGAUGAAGAUGACAUUAUUAUUGAAGACAAUGGAGUGCCACAGCAGAUUCCUAAAGCUGUUCGUAAUACUGAGAGCCUGGAAUCACUAACACAGAUAGAACUCAAUUUUGAGUCUGGACAAAAUGGUUUCAUUCCUUCUAAUGAAGUGAUCUUAGCACCCAAAGCAAGUGGCACAAAUACAGAAUUUGAAAUGCAUGCUCCAGAUCAGAAACUCUUAGAAGAAGAUGGAACAAUCAUAACACUAUGAAACCAUUGUUUGAACUGUUCUGAGUGAAGGAUGUGACCGGGACUUGUAAAUGUGGCUAGUUUAAAGCAUAUAUACCUCUGAGCCAGGGACUUGGAAUAGGCAUGAGAAAAAUAAUAUUGAAGCUUAAAAUGUUAUUAUAAUAGUAAUUGAUAAUUGUUAAUAUACACCUUGGUGGGUCAGAGGUGGAUUUAAGUCUAAAAGGGGCCUUUGCUAAUGAAGUUCCAUGCUUUUGCUAUUUUGUCUCUAGAGAACUAGAUGUUAGAGCACAUUCUCAGCGCUGUAUGAGAGGACUAGAUCAUUUCUGUUUGAAGUGGUUGCAUAUUUGACCUGCUGUGCAGAGCCCAGUUAAUUGUUCUUUUCACUGUAUUUUUAAAAAUUCUACUGUGAAGAAGUCUGAUUCUAUCUUGUACCCUGGGGAUCUCAGCUCCUAUGUUCCAUAUUUUAUUUUGAUUUCUUAAUUGUUAUUCUCCUGUUGCUAAUUGUAACAAUUUUUUCAAAUGCUUUUUUCCCCCUCAUUUCUAAGAGUUCGAGCCAGUUGACUAUUUUUAGAAAAUUGCUUCUUAUGUUAUAAAGCAUUGAGCUAUAUUCUGGACUUAAGAAACUUUAACAGCUGCCCAGGUUCAUGUUUGUCCAUCCUAUAGCUUUCAUAUUUACACAGUCACUCUAUUUGAGUGUAAGUUAUGUUGUAAAAGGCAAUUCCAUCAACUCCAGUAAUAUGGGAGACUCCCCUCCCUUAACCUCUUCUCAUUCAUUCCCAGUCUCAACCUCACUGGAAAUCAUUGCUUUUGUU